AUAUUGUUAUGUGUAUUCAUAUAGAUGAUAAUAUUGUUAUGUGUAUUGUGAGCAGACCAAGUUCAUUGAGGUUGCUCUAAAGCAGAACGGUGGAAUAAACGAGUCAGGAACAGGUUUUCUUUAGUUCUCUAUUGAGGUAUUUCUUUCUUCUUAAUCACUCUAACACAAUCAAGGAUUAUCUCCCAAGGAAAACACACAUAUUCUUCUUCUUCACAAGAACAAGGUACAUAAGGAGAGUAUCAUUAAACUGUCACACAAAUCACGGGUGUGUCCCCACCUUAACGAUCCGCCCAUGGAGAGGUUCCUUCGGGUGGUGUUCCGGAUCCAUGGUGGCUAUUCCCCAGAGGUUGUUUGUUCCCUUCAUCUCCCUGUCGAAAGACUUCAGGAGAAAUAGUUGGAAGGACCCCCGUGGAGAGGCCAGUACCAGGUUCUUCUGACCACCCCCAUUGUGGUAAGGAUGCUGAGGGAGAAAGCUGGACACACCUGUCGCACUGCAGACGAGUUCCUGAUCCAGAAGAAGAUGGGCACUCGCCAGUUCCGGUGGUGCAGUGUGGCCCUCCUCUGCGUUAGCACAGGAGUGCUAAUAACAACAGUAGGUUGUCCUCUUGUGGGAAAACUGACAGAGGGUGAGAUGAGUUCCGAGCCUAAGGGGCCAUCACCGUCCCAGAGUAGUGGCCCAGAAGUAAAUGGUAAUGACAGAAUGAGUCCUGAGCCAAAGGAACCAACGCAGGCCUGUAGCAGUGGCCCAGAAGUAGAUGGUAAUAACAGAUGGAGUCCUGGGCCAAAAGGACCAACGCAGGCCUGUAGUAGUGGCCCAGAAGUAGAUGGUAAUGACAAAAGGAGUCCUGAGCAAAAGGGACCAAUGCAGACCUGUAGUAAUGGCCUAGAAGUAGAUGGUCAUCGUAGAAGGACAGCCCUGCUGGAACCUCACAAACAUGAGGACAAUUUGUUCUUAUCUAGAGCAGAAAUGGUUGCCAACCUGCCCUCCAAAGAAAAGGAAUGUUGGGUGUGUGGGAUGGGUCCGGUUAAGGUAGGGGCAGGCUUGCCCCUUAUAGGAGUCCCAAUAGGGGUGAACUUUACUAUAGCAUUGGCAGGAAAAAUACCUUUUUAUACUAUGACCAACAAUGUUAAGGUAUAUAAUCAACCCAAUGUAUCCUAUUACUUGAGGCCUGGUAAUGUCUCAAUCCCGCCCAUUUCAGUGGCUGGGGUGAUGACUGCCCCUUGGUGUAUUAGAGGAUAUGGAGAUCACGAUUUGGGUGAACUGAAAUGUAAUUGUACUAUGAAUCUUAAUGGAUCAAAUGCUUGCAAUUUAACAGUAAUACAGGAGAAUGGUCAGGCAGAUAAGGAACCAUUUAAAAUGUGGGUUGACAAACAUAGCACAACUCUGAGAGGAGCCCCAAAUGGCACAUAUUGGCUGUGUGGUAAGAUGGCUUACAAUAGCCUGCCCUCGAACUGGGGAGGUACUUGUACUGUUGGGUUUGUGGUGACAGCUAUGAGAACCGUUCCAAAUAAUGAGAGGGAUCUGAUGGCUCUGUUUAAAGACUACAAACUUCCUGGAAUGAGGAGAGAUAAGAGGUCUCUAGCUGACGCUCAGGCACCUGCCUCCAGGUUCUUUGCUGUGUUUUUCUCUGGGUAUGGAGUUGUAUGUGCCCUAGACCAAAUUCAUGACAUCACUAGACACAUAGAAAACAUUGGCAAUGCAAGUAGAAAUUCCCUGGAACAAUUGAAUGGGGAACUAAAAAAAUUGCUUAAGUUAGCGCUGCAAAACAGAGAGGCUCUUGACUAUCUUCUGGCAGGUCAAGGGGGCACUUGUGCAAUCAUUGGGGAUGAAUGUUGUAUUUUUGUUCUCCCAGAUCACUCUUCUAAUGUGACUGAUCUUGCAGAAUACAUUGCCACUGCGGCUUAGAAAAAUUCCCCCAAACCAGAGUGGAUGAUUGCAACUUGGUUGGAAUCCCUGUUUGGAAGUUGUAGCGGUGGCUGGACUGCAGCGUGCAGCGUUUUUUGCUUUGUUUUCUUGAUUAUUAUGAACUAUAUGUUAUUAUUAUUAUAAGGCUGUGCCUCCUAAUAGUAAAGGUUAAUAAGAUCUCAGCAGCUGUCAUGUUUAAUGCUCCUUUCAGAGGACGAUGGGACUGAUGAGCUGCGGACUCUGGAUGAGCUUCCAUUUCCCCUGUAGAGAAGGAUGAUGAGUCAUGAUUGAAGGUUGUUUUCCUUUAACAAGGUUAGAAGGUAAUGUCAUUUCCCCUUGUAGAGAAGGAUGAUGAGUCAUGACUGAAGGUUGUUUUCCUUUAACAAGGUUAGAAGGCAAUGUCAUUGAAAAGACAGCACCAACUUUAUGAAGGGGUUUCCACAUACUUUUGACCAUGUAGCGUACAGUGGUUUGUUCUUUAAAAGUUGCAGCGUACUGCAGCACAGCUUCUAUGACAUGUCAUUUAAAUGUCAGCCACUGUUACCAUUAAUGCUAGUUAGUGCUAGUUUGACCACCAGAGGGUGUCUUUGAGAAUCAUUCGAUAGCCUUCAAUCGUGUCUGUACUAGAGAGAUCAAAACCUUUUUUUGUAAGAACAUAGUAUAUAUCUUCCCAGCUCUGCAGAUUCUGCUGUGAGGAGGCAGAGUCAUUAGACCAUUUAUUUUGGUAUUGUCCGCAUGUAGCUCGUUUUUGGUCACAGGUCCAGGAAUGGUUGAAGAAUUGCAACAUUUGCGUAGAACUAACGCUACAGAUAGCAAUACUGGGGGAUUUGAAAAGCCAUAGUCAAUCAAUCAAUAAUAUAAUAAUUAUUUUAGCAAAAAUGUUUAUUUUUAAUUUACAAUCCGUGGAAGCUAUGAGAAUAGGAAGAUUCAAAUCUUUUGUGAAGCAUCACAGCACAGUUGAAAAAUAUAUGGCAAAUAAAAAUCCGAAAUGGAUGAUGUUGGAAGAUAGAUGGGAAAGGUUGAGUGGAGCUGAAGGGUGGGACUAAUAACAAGAUAAACAAUGUAGGGCAUACGGGAUCUGUGAAAUGUGUAUAGGUGCGGAGCUAUUGUGAAAUAGCACAGUUACAAGUGGAAAUCAAACUGGAUGGACAACAGAAAUAGAGGAAGGACUAAGAACAAACAAGAGAGAACUAUUAUAAAGUAGACUGUGUCUGUAAAAUGUGUAUAAGAUGUAUAAAUUGAAGGUAAAAACAGAAAUGUUUAUCAGUUUACUCCAAUUGGGGGAUCGGUGGUAGGGUUUGCGGGGAAUAAUAAUAAAGGUAUACUCUUUAAAAAAGUAUGUAUGUCUAUGUAGGUAUGUGUAUGUAUAUAUGUGUAUAUGUAUGCAUACGUGAAUGGAUAUAUAUAUUUACCCCCAAAAAUAUGGGGGAUUGGAAAUGAUGCAGACAAUUACAUUGGAAGCAACAUUCUUUCCGCAAUAUUAAGCUGAUCCACCCCCAGAAAAAAAAAAAGAAAAAAAAAAAAGAACAUAGUAUAUGGGACUGAUUUUAAGUAAUUUUGCUUGAUUAAUUUGCUUAAUAUUAUGCUGUUUCUAUUCCAAUAAAAAUGCAAAAUGUUAAGAUGGAAUGGAAAAGAUGGCGCUGUACAACACCCUAAUUGUAUAAUUGUAGUCUAACCAAUACCCAAACAGAGAUUCAAUAAAAAUAAAAAUCUCAUUGAUUUAUCAAGACCAGUCCAUAUGCUUGUCUCAGAGCAGUGAAACGAUGCUAAAAUAGUUGACUACAGCGGGUAGACUAUUGCUUCAAAUGCUAUUGCUUCUAUCUUCAAUAUGCUCUUUAAAUAAAUAAGAUCUACACCACUUUUAACAGCACAUUACUCAACACUAGUGAGACUCAUGUCACCUACGGUAGGCCUACAGUAUAUCAGAAAAUAUUUUUGUUCAAUGACGUGUCAAUAAUUACAUAAGAGUCUCCCGGUGGCGGCCGGCACAGGUAUAAAACCUGCAUCUGUAGCAACGUAUUUUACACUGUGAUGUAGUGUCUUAGACUGCUGCACCACUCGGGAGGCCCCAUCCAAUCAGGAGGCCCCAUCCACAAAGUAUCUAAAUACAGAGAGGUGUUGGUAAAGGUAUAUUGUCCUGCUAACAGCCCAUAAUGGGCUAUUAUAAUACUGUACAUGGUGUCCAGGUCAGGAUAACCAAAACAUUUCUUUA